CCCCUUCUUCCCCCCUUACCUAUUUCCAACCAACCCAAGUAGGUAUCUCCACAAACUUGGCAGGUCCCACUCUGUGCUUCCAUGGAGAAGGGCGGCCAAUGUGAUUCUGGGCAAAGUGUGGUGACUUGUGGAUUUUCACUGUGACAAUGUUGCUACAUGGUCCUUCACUUGGAGUUAGUGCAACAAGGAGACAUCUGAGCUUAAAAUUUAUGAAACAUCUAAAGAAAUCAAGCUUUAUAUAGGACCACCAUUGUGGCUUGAAUUGUGUCUCCCCAAAAGAUAAUGAAGUCCUAACCACCUCCCUAUACCUUACAAUAUGGUCUUUAUUGGAAGUAGGGUCUUUGCAGAAGAUCAAGUUAAGAUGAAAUCAUUUAAUUGGGCCUUAGUUCGAUAUAUCUUGUGUCCUUAUAAAAGGGGACAAUUUGGACACAGGAACAAGGGGGGAACGCCACAUAAAGAUUGGAGUUAUGCUGCCAUAUGCCAAGGAACUCCAAAGAUUCCUGGCAAGCCACUGAAAGCCAGGAGAGAUUCAUGGAACAGAGUCUCCCUCAUAGACUACCAAAGGAAUCAACUCUGCUGACAUCUUGAUUUCAGACUUCUAGCCUCCAGGACUAGCUGACAAUUUACUGGUUCAUCAAUGAAACAAUAUUAAAUUAUGAAGAUGUAAGGAAAAAAUCCUACGCUAACACUGUCGCAGUUUGAAAGGCUUCUCUGCAGAAUGUCAAACAAAGAUCGACACAUUGAUUCCAGCUGUUCGUCCUUCAUCAAGACGGAACCUUCCAGCCCGGCCUCCCUGACGGACAGCGUCAACCACCACAGCCCUGGUGGCUCAUCAGACGCCAGUGGGAGCUACAGUUCAACCAUGAAUGGCCAUCAGAACGGACUUGACUCGCCACCUCUCUACCCUUCUGCUCCUAUCCUGGGAGGUAGUGGUCCUGUCAGGAAACUGUAUGAUGACUGCUCCAGCACCAUCGUUGAAGAUCCCCAGACCAAGUGUGAAUACAUGCUCAACUCGAUGCCCAAGAGACUGUGUUUAGUGUGUGGUGACAUCGCUUCUGGGUACCACUAUGGGGUAGCAUCAUGUGAAGCCUGCAAGGCGUUCUUCAAGAGGACAAUUCAAGGCAACAUAGAAUACAGCUGCCCUGCCACGAAUGAAUGUGAAAUCACAAAGCGCAGACGUAAAUCCUGCCAGGCUUGCCGCUUCAUGAAGUGUUUAAAAGUGGGCAUGCUGAAAGAAGGGGUGCGUCUUGACAGAGUACGUGGAGGUCGGCAGAAGUACAAGCGCAGGAUAGAUGCGGAGAACAGCCCAUACCUGAACCCUCAGCUGGUUCAGCCAGCCAAAAAGCCAUAUAACAAGAUUGUCUCACAUUUGUUGGUGGCUGAACCGGAGAAGAUCUAUGCCAUGCCUGACCCUACUGUCCCCGACAGUGACAUCAAAGCCCUCACUACACUGUGUGACUUGGCUGACCGAGAGUUGGUGGUUAUCAUUGGAUGGGCGAAGCAUAUUCCAGGCUUCUCCACGCUGUCCCUGGCGGACCAGAUGAGCCUUCUGCAGAGUGCUUGGAUGGAAAUUUUGAUCCUUGGUGUCGUAUACCGGUCUCUUUCGUUUGAGGAUGAACUUGUCUAUGCAGACGAUUAUAUAAUGGACGAAGACCAGUCCAAAUUAGCAGGCCUUCUUGAUCUAAAUAAUGCUAUCCUGCAGCUGGUAAAGAAAUACAAGAGCAUGAAGCUGGAGAAAGAAGAAUUUGUCACCCUCAAAGCUAUAGCUCUUGCUAAUUCAGACUCCAUGCACAUAGAAGAUGUUGAAGCCGUUCAGAAGCUUCAGGAUGUCUUACAUGAGGCGCUGCAGGAUUAUGAAGCUGGCCAGCACAUGGAAGACCCUCGUCGAGCUGGCAAGAUGCUGAUGACACUGCCACUCCUGAGGCAGACCUCUACCAAGGCCGUGCAGCAUUUCUACAACAUCAAACUAGAAGGCAAAGUCCCCAUGCACAAACUUUUUUUGGAAAUGCUGGAGGCCAAGGUCUGACUAAAAGCUCCCUGGGCCUUCCCAUCCUUCAUGUUGAAAAAGGGAAAAUAAACCUAAGAGUGACAUCGAAGAAACUUAGAGUUUAGUUAACAACAUCAAAAAUCAACAGACUGCACUGACAAUUUAGCAGCAAGACUAUGAAGCAGCUUUCAGAUUCCUCCAUAGCUUCCUGAUGAGUUUCUUUCUACUUUCUCCACCAUCUUCUUUCCUCUUCCUUCCCACAUUUCUCUUCCUCUUUAUUUUUUCUCCCUUCCUUCUUUCCCCCUCCCUUAUUUCUUUGCUUCUUUCACUCCUAGUUCCCUUUCUCCUUUAUUUUCUUCCCAUCUGCCUGCCUGCCUUCUUUCUUUUCUUUGCUACUCUUGUUCCUCUCUUUACUCAUCUUCCUCCUGUUUUCUAAAUUUUAAAUAGCUUUAGUUGUAAAAAAAAAAAAAAAAAAAAAAAAAAAAAAUCCUUCCUUCCGCCUUUCCUUUCUUUCUUCCCUUUUUUCCUUUUUCCCUUUCCCUUUUCCUUUCCUUUUGAUCUUCUUUCCAUCUUUCUUUUUCUUCCUUCUGCUGCUGAACUUUUAAAAGAGGUCUCUAACUGAAAAGAGAUGGAAGCCAGCCCUGCCAAAGGAUGGAGAUCCAUAAUAUGGAUGCCAGUGAACUUAUUGUGAACCAUACCGUCCCCAGUGACUAAGGAAUCAAAGAGAGAGAACCAACGUACCUAAAAGUACAGUGCAACAUAUACGAAUUGACUGAGUGCAGUAUUAGAUUUCAUGGGAGCAGCCUCUAAUUAGACAACUUAAGCAACGUUGCAUCGGCUGCUUCUUAUCAUUGCUUUUCCAUCUAGAUCAGUUACAGCCAUUUGAUUCCUUAAUUGUUUUUUCAAGUCUUCCAGGUAUUUGUUAGUUUAGCUACUAUGUAACUUUUUCAGGGAAUAGUUUAAGCUUUAUUCAUUCAUGCAAUACUAAAGAGAAAUAAGAAUACUGCAAUUUUGUGCUGGCUUUGAACAAUUAUGAACAAUAAUGAAGGACAAAUGAAUCCUGAAGGAAGAUUUUUAAAAAUGUUUUGUUUCUUCUUACAAAUGGAGAUUUUUUUGUACCAGCUUUACCACUUUUCAGCCAUUUAUUAAUAUGGGAAUUUAACUUACUCAAGCAAUAGUUGAAGGGAAGGUGCAUAUUAUCACGGAUGCAAUUUAUGUUGUGUGCCAGUCUGGUCCCAAACAUCAGUUUCUUAACAUGAGCUCCAGUUUACCUAAAUGUUCACUGACACAAAGGAUUAGAUUACACCUACAGUGACUCUGAGUAGUCACACAUAUAAGCACUGCACAUGAGAUAUAGAUCCGUAGAAUUAUCAGGAGUGCACCUCUCUACUUGGGAGGUAUAGUUGCCAUAUGAUUUCUAGCUGCCACGGUGGUUAGGAAUGUGAUACUGCCUGUUUGCAAAGUUACAGACCUUGUCUCAGAAGGAGCUGUGAGCCAGUAUUCAUUUAAGAGGCAAUAAGGCAAAUGCCAGAAUUAAAAACAAAAUCAUCAAAGACGGAAAACGCCUGACCAAAUUCUAAAACCUAAUCCAUAUAAGUUUAUUCAUUUAGAAAUGUUCGUUUAAAUUAAUCUGCAGUUUUUACCAACAGCUAAGCCAAUAUAUGUGCUUUUCAACCAGUAUUGUCACAGCAUGAAAGUCAGUCAGGUUCCAGACUGUUAAGAGGUGUAAUCUAAUGAAGAAAUCAAUUAGAUGCCCCAAAAUCUACAGUCGCUGAAUAACCAAUAAACAGUAACCUCCAUCAAACGCUAUACCAAUGGACCAGUGUUAGUAGCUGCUCCCUGUACUAUGUGAACAGUCUUACUCUAUGUACACAGAUGUAAUUAAAAUUGUAAUCCUAACAAACAAAAGAAAUGUAGUUCAGCUUUUCAAUGUUUCAUGUUUGCUGUGCUUUUCUGAAUUUUAUGUUGCAUUCAAAGACUGUUGUCUUGUUCUUGUGGUGUUUGGAUUCUUGUGGUGUGUGCUUUUAGACACAGGGUAGAAUUAGAGACAAUAUUGGAUGUACAAUUCCUCAGGAGACUACAGUAGUAUAUUCUAUUCCUUACCAGUAAUAAGGUUCUUCCUAAUAAUUAAUUAAGAGAUUGAAACUCCAAACAAGUAUUCAUUAUGAACAGAUACACAUCAAAAUCAUAAUAAUAUUUUCAAAACAAGGAAUAAUUUCUCUAAUGGUUUAUUAUAGAAUACCAAUGUAUAGCUUAGAAAUAAAACUUUGAAUAUUUCAAGAAUAUAGAUAAGUCUAAUUUUUAAAUGCUGUAUAUAUGGCUUUUGCUCAAUCAUCUCUCAGAUGUUGUUAUUAACUCGCUCUGUGUUGUUGCAAAACUUUUUGGUGCAGAUUCGUUUCCAAAACUAUUGCUACUUUGUGUGCUUUAAACAAAAUACCUUGGGUUGAUGAAACAUCAGCCCAGUGCUAGGAAUACUGUGUAUCUAUCAUUAGCUAUAUGGGACUAUAUUGUAGAUUGUGGUUUCUCAGUAGAGAAGUGACUGUAGUGUGAUUCUAGAUAAAUCAUCAUUAGCAAUUCAUUCAGAUGGUCAAUAACUUGAAAUUUAUAGCUGUGAUAGGAGUUCAGAAAUUGGCACAUCCCUUUAAAAAUAACAACAGAAAAUACAACUCCUGGGAAAAAAGGUGCUGAUUCUAUAAGAUUAUUUAUAUAUGUAAGUGUUUAAAAAGAUUAUUUUCCAGAAAGUUUGUGCAGGGUUUAAGUUGCUACUAUUCAACUACACUAUAUAUAAAUAAAAUAUAUACAAUAUAUACAUUGUUUUCACUCUAUCACAUUGAAGUACUUGGGCUUCAGAAGUAAGAGCCAACCAACUGAAAACCUGAGAUGGAGAUAUGUUCAAAGAACGAGAUACAAUUUUUUAGUUUUCAGUUUAACUCUCAGCAUUACAAAAGAGUAAGUAUCUCACAAAUAGGAAAUACAACUAAAACGUAGAUUUAAAAAGAACUGCACGGGCUUUAGGGUAAUUGCUCAUCUUAAACCUCACUAGAGGGAAGUCUUUUCAAGUUUCAAGCAAGACCAUUUACUUAAUGUGAAGUUUUGGAAAGUUAUAAAGGUGUAUGUUUUAGCCAUAUGAUUUUAAUUUUAAUUUUGCUUCUUUUAGGUUUGUUCUUAUUUAAAGCAAUAUGAUUGUGUGACUCCUUGUAGUUACACUUGUGUUUCAAUCAGAUCAGAUUGUUGUAUUUAUUCCACUAUUUUGCAUUUAAAUGAUAACAUAAAAGAUAUAAAAAAUUUAAAACUGCUAUUUUUCUUAUAGAAGAGAAAAUGGGUGUUGGUGAUUGUAUUUUAAUUAUUUAAGCGUCUCUGUUUACCUGCCUAGGAAAACAUUUUAUGGCAGUCUUAUGUGCAAAGAUCGUAAAAGGACAAAAAAUUUAAACUGCUUCUAAUAAUCCAGGAGUUGCAUUAUAGCCAGUAGUAAAAAUAAUAAUAAUAAUAAUAAAACCAUGUCUAUAGCUGUAGAUGGGCUCCACAUCUGUAAAGCAAUCAAUUGUAUAUUUUUGUGAUGUGUACCAUACUGUGUGCUCCAGCAAAUGUCCAUUUGUGUAAAUGUAUUUAUUUUAUAUUGUAUAUAUUGUUAAAUGCAAAAGGAGAUAUGAUUCUGUAACUCCAAUCAGUUCAGAUGUGUAACUCAAAUUAUUAUGCCUUUCAGGAUGAUGGUAGAGCAAUAUUAAACAAGCUUCCACUUUUGA